UAAAACCCUUCUCUCUCUCCCCCUGUGUGUUGUGGAAAUGGCGUUCAACUCGAUUCUUCUUCGCAAGUUGGGUUCUUUUGCGAGGCCUCUUGCUGUUGCGGGUCGAUUGAUGAAGAAGACCCACCCGGGUUAUUUCACCGCCAUUAACCAGCUCAACCACAAGCCCUCUUUGGACCCAUUGGUUCCGAGGCUUCACUUUUCUUCUGUUGCUUCUUCUAAGAACAUGCCCACCUCCGAUGAGAACCUCCUCCGAGUCAUCGAAUCCGAAAUUGAUUGCGCCCAGGAGACCGACGAUCAUGGCGCUGUUGAAGAGGUUCCAAGUAAUUUCCCAUUUAAAAUAGUUGAUAGUGCUGGACAGCAGACUAUAAUACUUGAACGAACAUACCAAGGUGAAGAAAUUAAGGUUGAGGUUCACAUGCCUGAUCUGGUAACUGGGGAAGAAAAUGAUGAUGGUAAUGAUGAUGAUGAUAAUGAAAGUGAGAGAGCAUCACAGUCAAGCAUUCCACUUUCAGUGAGUGUUUCUAAGAAGGGUGGACCCUUUCUAGAGUUCAGUUGUGUGGCUUACCCUGAUGAGAUUGUUAUUGACACCUUGUCUGUUAAGAAUCCUGACCUUGCUGAGGAUCAAAUUCCUUAUGAGGGACCAGACUUCCAGGAUUUGGAUGAGGGCCUGCAAAAAUCUUUCCACAGGUAUCUAGAAAUUAGAGGAAUCAAACCUAGCACAACCAAUUUCUUGCAUGAGUACAUGAUCAACAAGGACAGUAGAGAAUACUUGGUGUGGUUGAAAAAACUCAGGAACUUCGUUGGAGCAUAAACCAUUCGCAGCUCUUCAUGUGCUUACAGCCAUCGUUUGAAGAAAGUACGGACCAUACUUGCAUUGCUUGUAUGUUUUAAUGAGAUACAUUGGAAGGGAAAGAUAAUAAGAUAUCUUAUCAUUGUGGCUUAGUAGUAGUAGUUUCUAUUAAAAGUGGACCAUAUCCGAAAAUGUUUAGUUAAUUUUAUUUAUCUAUCUCCCUCCCGGUACGCAUUUCUUUAAACAUGGCCUUAAUAUGCUGAACUUGAGGUUUGGCUGGAAAGCAACGCAUUGGCUUUUAUUUGUUUCCUUCAAAUUCGAUGUACGCUUUUUUAUUCUCCUUUU